CUCUCAGCAGCGUCAGUGCAGUGAAGAGUCCAGCAGCAACUCUCUCAGCUGAUUAAACCGAGCACAACAGUCCGCUGGACUUAACCUCAAGUUCCUGGAGCAAGAAGCCAGAUAGACUCUUUACCUGCUGCUAGAGAGGAGGAGAAACUAUUUUACUCCGUAUCUUUUUUUUUCUCCCAACCACGAAAAGGGAAUGCCAUCGAUAAAUAUGAAACUGGAGAUGGUGACCAUCAUCGCCUGCGAAGUAGACAUCGAGGUGUUUACAUCAGACAAAAUGCAGGAGAGGUUUGAGGCGUUGUUUAGGAUCUACGACGAACAGACAUCUUUCCAGAUGUUCAAAAGCUUCCGGAGAGUCCGGAUCAACUUCAGCACCCCAGAGGCCGCUGCCCGCGCUCGCAUCGAGCUGCACGAGACCGAGUUCAACGGCAAGAAGCUCAAACUCUACUUUGCCCAAGUCCAGAAUGGUGACGAGGACAUUGACAAGUCAUACCUAGCCCCUCCCCAGCCCGUCAAACAGUUUCUGAUCUCCCCACCUGCCUCUCCACCUGUGGGCUGGAGCCAGAGUGAAGACGCUACGCCUGUCAUCAACUACGACCUGCUGUGUGCAGUAGCCAAGCUUGGACCUGGUGAAAAGUACGAGCUCCACGCGGGGACAGAGUCCACCCCCAGCGUGGUCGUCCACGUGUGCGAGAGUGAGACGGAGGAAGACGAGGCGGCACGGCCAAAGCAGCAGAUCGUCCAGACCAGACGUCCCGAUGGACCCCCCAAAGUCUUCAAUUAAAGAGGCCUCCUCCCCGACACCGGCGCGGCCCCCGACCGCCCCUUAAACCCGCAAAACACACCUGCCCUCUCUCUCUCGUCUCUGCACUCACAGAGAGCGUCGAUGCCCCUCAUUUCAGUUCAACUACAAGCAAAAACCAACCAACAAACAUUGCUCGAAGACGGUGUUUGUGGGGAGCGUGGCGAUGGAAUGAGGCGGCUUGAAGGGGAUGGAUGAGAAUCACACACACACUCAUCACAUUCUGCGGACAGUGUGGGGAGCGGCGGGCACGCUUUUGCCUCCACCCCACAAACCCCCUCCCCCCCCUCGUUUUCAGCAAGAGGGGAGGAAAUACCUGUCCCAACGCAGGCACCUGUCACUUAUCACACACACUCGGCUCUCAUUGCUAGUCCUGCUCAGUAGCUUAGUUAACUUGUUAGCUUGUGCCUCUCCCUCUCACAUCUGUCGUGUGUACAGUAUCUUUGGUUAAACAAAGACAUUUUUUUCUUUCUUUUUUUUUUUUUUUUACAAUAAAUUGUGUUUCAUAUUAUAUAUAAACAUAAAUGUCUAUUUUUUUUCUUUUUUCAUCCAUUUUCAUAUCUGCUGGUUUGUCGCUUCAGCUUGCAUCAAGAUUGAGUGUGUGAUGUUCCCGCUCUUGUCUGCAUGUAUAUACUGUAAUACAAAAAAAAAACACAUACAGAAACACAAAUACUAACAAGAUGUAUCAAGAAAAAGGAACCUAUUUAACAUCACACACAGCACGAAGCGUCAUAUGUGACUAACAAAGUUGUGGUGGCUGUUUGACUUUUAUUAUUUCUUUAGCUCGUUUUCGCUUUUUGUCCCUUUUUUUAUUUGGAGAGGUGUUGUUUUUUGCUAAACUGCUAGAUGUGUAUUCUUACUAUGUAUUUGAUACCCCGACACUUUUUGCAUGCUUAGUUACUUCUGUAGAUGAGGAGCUGAGAUGUUUUUUUAAUUGUUGUUUGUGAUGACAGGGAAACAGUGUGACGCUUUUGACGCAGUGACGUCUUUGAGGGGAAAAAAAGCUGAAUGAUUUUUUUUUUGUAAGAUUGACAGCUCAGUUGUCAACGUGAUGGCAAAUUUGCAUUUGUCGCUUUUGUUGGGAUUUGAUGGAUCAGAGACAGUUCAUCCCCCUCAUUCUCUUCAAAGGGUUUGGGAUGUGGAUUUUUUUUUUUUCUGAUUCUGUUUGUUGUACUUCACAUCUUUAACGUCUUGGUUAUGUUGUUUGAUCAAACCCACUUUCUAUAUGUCAGGUUUUCUUCUGAAACCUACUUCUGCUUGUUUUGCACUGAGUUAUCUCUUGAUAUCUCCGAGCAGUUGCGGGGCUCUCGACCGUCUCCUGCUGCGCGCCAGAAUACUGCGCUGCUUUCUCACUGUAAAUAGCUGAGCGGUAGAUUUGUGGAAUUAGUCCUUUUAGAUUUUGUAGUUAAAUCUGAAAAGCAUUUUGCUGAGAAAAGGGAAAAUUAGGUAGCCUCAUGAGAUAACAACCAAAGCAUUCACUCACCCCAUAUUGCCAUGACAAAAUAAUUUUUCAUACUGAGACACUGAUGUGUAUUGUUAAAGUAAGCAGAAACAAAUCCUAAUUUUCCAGCUUUUUACUGCAUUAUUUUCAUUUUAUAUUAGCACAUUUGACUUUUCUUGCAGUAUCUAGUUCAAUGGAAAGUUUAGCAAAUUUCCACCCCAAAAAAAUCAUAAAAUAUUUUUCCUUUUUUUAAAAUUUAUUUUCCAAAUAGUCCCAUAUCAUAUCAGUGUUCCAACUCUUCUUUUAAUGACAUUUCAUAGCUUUCAAAGCAACGUAAACAAAUGUUCCUAACAGGGCUUUUGGGUGUCAGCAGUGAGUCUAAACCGUAUUUUUCAUUUGGCAGCAUGAAAUUAAAAAAUACUUUUUUGCUAUAUAACAAUAUUAGUAAUCAAAAGACAAGUCCGUCUGCAUGUGAGCACUUUAUCGUCAGUGUUUUGUUUGUUUCCGUCAAAUAAAAUAGUCAUUCUUGAGACAAAGUAGGAAGCACAUUGCAUUUCUUGUCUGUUUCUCUCUUGUGUUUUCUUUUAUCUUAAGCUGAACACCUGGUUAGCCUUUUCACCAGCAUAUUGCAGUGAGUGUAACACUCCACUUCCUUUUUGCUAGUGUGAACCUUGGAAAAUUUCAGGCCUUUUUUGGAUCUAUGGAAGUGUACCACUGUAAAGGUGUAGACAUGCAGUACAAGUCCUUGGUUUUAUAUGAGGCAGGAUGACACCGCAGAGCAAAAUCAAUGUCUUUGUUUUUGUGUUUGUCCGCAAGAAACAUUCAUCUUUGCUGAGAAAGUUAAAUGGUUCUUUGAAAUGUUGGCAGAGUGCAGUUUUAUUGGCACUACGGUGAAGCUGUCGCAGUUAUGUAAGCAGACAGCAGAUUGGUGGAACUACAGACGUGCAUUAUGAUAAAGAGGAAGCAGCGAAGCAGGAGGAAGACACUCGUGACGAUUUUUUUACUCUUUGUGGUCAUGGUGUUUAAACCUGGGUGCAUUUGGUCACAGUUGAAAUGAAAAUGUAUAUUUAUGUACAUAUGCCAAGUGGUUUUUUUUUUGUUGUUGUUGCUGAGACCAGUCCCAGUGUGCAGUUUGUUACGGCUUCUCUUGGCAAUGUUGUAACAGGAAAAAAAAAAAAAAAAAGUACAAAAAUGUGUAACAAUAAGUCCUGAAGAUGCUCGAUCAAAAACCAACUGUCAUUGUGUUGUGUUCAACAUGGACUCUGUUUGAAUGUUUCUUUUAUUUCUGGGGAACGUCUACUAAAAAGGUCAAUAAUA